AUGGUAAGAGAUUUUGAAGUAUUUUAUACUAAGCCAAAAAUUAUGUUUAAGAAUUUGAUUGAAGGUUGUUUAGAAAAAAUAGAUGAUAAUUGUUUAAUUUGUCAAGAAGGUUGGAUUUAAGAUGAAUUUCUAGAAAAUUGUCAUCCAAUUUUUGGGGAUCUAAUCAUUCAAGGUUAAGAAUAAUGUGAUAAUCUAAUACCUAAUCAUUCUUGCUAUUAAUGCAAGCAUCCUUGUGUUGAAAAUUGCUAUAUUUGUUAAUUCGCAAUUUGUUUAUAAUGUAUUGAGGGAUUUGUAAUUAAUUCCAAUUUAAGUAGCGAUCCGUUUUUUGGAGAUGGCAAUUUGAUUCCAUAUUCAGCCGAAUAAUGUGAACUAUCUGUUAAUGGUGUACGGGAUGGUUGUCAUGAUUGUAAAUUUAUUCCAAUCGGUAAUUGUAAAACUAUAUAAUUUUCAAUUUUUUGGAAUGUGAACUAGGAUAUAAAAUGUUAGAUAAUAAGUGCUUUCCUUAUUGCGGAAAUUAAAUAGCUCUAUAAUAAUAAGAGGAUUGCGAUGGAAAUCUUCAAUCUUAAGAUGGUUGUUAUUAAUGUAAGUUUGAGUGCAUUGUAGAUUGCAAAGUAUGUGAUCGAGGGUAUGAGUUUGUUGAUAACAAUUGUCUAUCUGUUUAUGGUGAUAAAAUUGUAACUAAAGAAGAAGAUUGUGACGAUGCCAACACUAUCGAAUUUGAUGGUUGUUUUCAAUGUCAAUAUUCUUGUCCAGAAAAUUGCUCUAAUUGUUAUCAGGGUACUUGUUUAGACUGCAAUGAUCAAUAAUAAUCACGAAUUUCAAAUUAAUGCAAUUAAUCAUUAAAUUUUGGAGACGGAUUAGGAAUAAGAGGUUGCGAUGAUGGUAAUUAUUAAGCAGUCGAGGUUUGGGUUUGGGUUUGGGUUUGGGUUUGGGUUUGGGUUUGGGUUUGGGUUUGGGUUUGGGUUUGGGUUUGGGUUUGGGUUUGGAUAG